GGGAGGCAACAAGCUGACUGGCUGCGCGCAAUCACCAAGUUACUUUGACUUUGAACGCAGCUCUGGAAAACGGAUGCGUAAUGGCGAGCGCGCUCCGGAGGUGAACUGGUCUCAUCUGUUCAGGGACAAUGAGGCUGCUCACCGAGGGAAAGAUGUCAUUUCUCACUUACUGGCACUGGUGGAUUUUAAUAUUUUCAGCCGAUUUUUUAUUCCUGGCUUCACUGGCUCAGUCUGAGGGAAAUACUAUCCGGUACCAGACAAACGAGGAGGACGGACCGGGUACAGUCAUCGGAAACCUCGCCAAGGACAUGUCCUUGAGUCUGUCUCAUUCCUCCAAGACCAAUUUCAGGAUGAUGAAACAAUUCAACGAUUCGUUCAUCAGGGUUAGAGAAAGCGACGGGCAACUCACUGUCGGGGAGCGGAUCGACAGAGAAAGAAUCUGCAGGCACUCUCUGCAGUGCCUCAUUACUUUUGACGUGGUUAAUUUCUCCAAAGAUCGCUACAAAUUGAUUCACGUCGAGGUGGAAAUAAAGGACAUCAAUGAUAACUCUCCAGAGUUUCCAAACAGGGAAUCUUUGGUGGAGAUCUCUGAGAGCGCAGCAGUGGGCUCUCGGGUUCCUUUGGAUCCGGCCGUGGACGCGGACGUGGGGUCAAACUACAUCCAGAGCUACCAGAUAUCUGUCAACAGCCAUUUUUCAAUCGAUGUGCUCCUGAGAGCUGAUGGGGUUAAAUAUGCGGAAUUGGUGCUAAUGAAGGAGCUGGACCGCGAGACUCAGUUGUUAUACACGGUGGAGCUGGUGGCCACGGACGGAGGGUACCCGUACCGAUCCGGGUCAACAAAGAUCACCAUCAAAGUCACCGACUUCAAUGACAACAGCCCCGUUUUCGACCAGAACAGUUUCUCGGUCAGUCUGGCGGAGGACGCACAGGUUGGCACAGUUAUACUGGACUUGAACGCAGUUGAUGCGGACGAGGGUUCGAACGGAGAGGUGGCGUACGGCUUCGGGAAACAGGUCUCUCAGGAGAUCCGAGAACUUUUCCAAGUGGAUCAUAAAUCGGGUCGCCUGACGCUCAAGCGCGCGGUGGAUUUCGAGGAAAAAAGCACCUACGAGCUGGACGUGCAGGCCACCGAUCUGGGUGCCAACCCGACCCCGUCCGCGUGCAAAAUCAUUAUCCACGUCACGGACGUUAACGACAAUGCCCCUGAAAUCAGCAUCACCCCGAUGACCUCCAUCAGCACGGGCGUCGCGCACAUCAGCGAGGCGGCGGAGAAGGACAGUCUGGUGGCGCUGAUCAGCACCAUGGACAGAGACUCGGGCGUGAACAGCCAGGUGCACUGCACGCUGUACGGCCACGACCACUUCCGACUCAAGCAGGCGUACGAGGACAGCUACAUGAUCGUCACAUCGGCCGCUCUGGACCGGGAGAGUAUCAGCGAGUACAACCUGACGGUCAUGGCUGAGGAUUUCGGGUCACCUCCUCUGAGAAAAAUCGCCCAGUACACGAUCAGGCUGAGCGACGAGAACGACAACGCCCCCCACUUCACCAAACCCGUCUAUGAAGUUUCCGUGAUGGAGAACAACGCGCCUGGUGCCUACAUUGCAACCGUGGAGGCCACGGACACGGAUCUGGGCAACAAUGGCAAAAUCACCUACAGGCUGGUAGACAGCAUGAUCAUGGGGUCUCCUGUCAACACCUUUGUGUCCCUAAAUUCAAUGUCGGGCUCCAUAUAUGCGUUAAGGAGCUUCAACUACGAGGUGAUGAAACAGCUGGAGGUUCACAUCCAAGCCAGCGAUGGGGGGUCACCACAGCUGCAGAGCACCGCUGUCAUCAGGUUAAAAAUAGUCGAUCAGAAUGACAACCAGCCUUCCAUCAUCCAUCCGGCGCUUUACAAAGGAUCCGCUGAGGUUUUUCUGCCUAAAGAUGCACCUGCAGGUUAUGUGGUAACCCAGAUAAAGGCCACGGAUGCUGAUGAAGGCGUCAACGCGCAGCUGUCCUAUAAAAUCACCGAGGGGGGACACCUGGGGUUCUCCAUCAACAAAGACACCGGGAAGGUGCACGUGAGCCGACAGCUGACGUACGACAUCACCGACUUUGUCAAAGUGACAGUGUUGGUCAGCGACGGCGGCUCACCGUCGCUGACCUCCACGGCCACCAUCCACUUCAGCUUCAUAGAGGGAACUGUACCCAGCAUGCCCUCAUCAUCUAGGGAUGGCAAUGAGGAGGUCUUAGAGUGGGACAUGUCCAUUGCCAUCAUCAUUGUCCUGGCGGGGAGCUGCUCACUGCUUCUGCUGGCCAUCAUCCUCAUCACCACCAUCUGCAGCCGCCGGAGAAAGGAGACCAGGGAGGAAGGGUACGAGGACAAAGAAGAGGCACCCGAUGUGGAGAAGGUGGAAAGCGGGCAUGUUGACUCAGUGGUUGCAAGCCAUAAAGGGAAAGCGUUCGAUGCCCAUCCGUUCCCGGAGAAGCCUCCUCUGGCCAGCAGCAACGCAAUAGAUCCAAGCUGUGAAGACAGCAGCCAGACAACGGGGAUGUUUGAGCCCAACAGCAGGACCAUGGAGGGCAAACUAAAGGGUUACUCCACUCUACCGGGGUACGGAAAAGAAACCGUGCGGCCCAUAACCAUAUGGAAAGGUAACUCCUUCACUACCAUCUCAGCUCGAGACCCUCACAUCAGUGGGAAGGACAGUGGAAAAGGCGACAGCGACUUCAACGACAGCGAUUCUGACAUAAGUGGAGAUGUGCACAAAAAAGACUCCCCUCCCACAAACAGUCUCUGGGCAUGUACGAGCGAGUGCAAAGCUGGCCACUCGGACCGAUGCUGGAGUCCUUCGGCGACGAGGCCAAACACGAGCCUGGCCUGUGCAUCACAUCUGUCCACGUUCUCCAAGACCGCUUCGCUUCCUCGAGACGCGAGGAGGGAGAACUACUAUCCAACUCACCUGCCCAAAACCAACGGCCUGCAGAGCGUGUACGAAAAAGUGCAACACCAGGAGUUUGAUUACAUCCUGGUCGGCCCCCCGACUCCGGCCAGGAUACAGGAAACUGAUGAGUUAUCCAUUCCAGAGUACACAAACUCUUAAAAACAAUCAUCAUGAAUAAGUCAUUUAUGUUGAUACUGUACAUUGUGUUUAUCUUAAUCGACUCUGUGUUGGACUGUUGCCGUGUUUUGUAUAAUGUAAUUUUUCUUUGGCUCAUAUAGACUGUUCAUUUUAUCAUGUGUAAUAUGCAAGAUUUUGUACAUUAAUAAUAUAUUUUUCAUAACGAUUCAGUGUAAAGAAUUUUAUUAUGAAUUUUCAAGUGCAUGUGUUAGUAUUUAAGGAGCAUGACCUGUGGACAGCUGGGCUCAAUGCAGCCUUUCUACUGUGGGAACAUAAAGAGAGAUUGCCAUGUUUGUGGUAGAUUUUGUCACAUCGUUGCACAAAUAAACAGAUAAAAUGGA